UGGGGCGGCUGCUGUUGCUUUUGCUGCUUGCUAGUAGAGGUGGUGGCCAGGCAGCCGCUGCUGGAGGCAGCUGCAGACACCGCGGCGUCUGUCUGUCCGGAGGCACCGACUGGGGCCGGCCUCACCGAGCGCUGGAGCAGAGGUUCGCGGUCUCCCAGGUCCGGCCCGCGUGUCGGGCGCCGCCGUCCAGCUCCCGCAGGAUUCGAGCCACCGCCCCCUUUUCUCCAGAAGGGUCCCCUAGCCGAACUGCCCUUCCCGCCUGCGAUGGGGCCGGGCUGAGCCGCCUCCCGCCCCGCUGUCCCUUUGCAAGGGAGAAAGGAGGAGGGGAGGAGAGGGAUGGAGGAGCUCGAGCAGGAGGCGGUGCUGCUCUUCCUCAGCCAAAGAGGGGGCCGAGCCCGCAACGCGGAGCUGGUGGAGCAUUUCAAGGGGGCCCUGGGGGGCGAGCCCGAGCAGCGAGCUCGGGCCCGGGAGCGUUUCAAGCAGCUUGUGAACGCUGUGGCCACGGUCCGAACCGACCCUGCGGACGGGACCAAGUACGUGUACCUGAAGAAGAAGUUCAGCGGCGGUGGUCCACCUCCCCCAGUGCACACGGGGGCCCCGACCCCGCAGGCCCCCGAGGGCGACGAGCCUGGGGCGGGCAGUGAGCAUCAUCCCUCACCUCCUGCCGAGCCGGCGGACUUGAGAAACGAGGAUGCUCGGAGUCCACCAACCUCCCCUGGAAAUGGGGAGCCUAACCGUGUGUUGCAGGAACAGGAGCCGCAGUUACCGCCGCAAGCAUCUCUCCAGGUAGUACCUAGCAUCUCGGUGACCGAAGCAUCCGAGCUCGAGGAGGCCCCGGGCCCUUCGGACAGCGCUAACCCGGCUACCUCUAAUGGGCCUGAGUCAGCGGAGGGAAGCGCUCCUCCCUCCACUGAGGACCACCCGCUCCCAGAGGGCACCCCUGAGGAAAGUGGACGGUCAGCGGACCAGGAAUCGCCACCCCAACUACUCUCGGGUGAAAGCAGCAGGAAUGAAUUGACGAGAUUGGCGCAGGUGCAGCCCCUGGGCGUCGGGGCGCGGAGGAAGAACUCUAGACGCAAUGUACCUCUGCUCCGGGGGCUGCCGCAGGGUUCCUGCGGUGGGGAAGAGUCAGAGCCUUUCCCAAGAAACUGGGAGGAGGGAGACAUCUGCAGCUCCCCAGGAGGAGUCAGUACCCCGAGACCUGGCCGAAAGAAUUUGCUGGACCUGAUGAUAGGCAGCUCCCCGCAGCUUAAGAGGAGCUUCUUUGUUGGGGGAAACAGCCCUGGGGGCUCUUCCGGAGGGGGCCGUGCCACCAGAGGUGGUGGAGACUCGGAUACCGCUUCCCUGGCUUCAUCUUCCACCGAGGAGGAAGGAAGCGCAGCCGGGUCGGUGGCCUUGGACCCUCUGGAGCAUGCCUGGAUGCUUUCUGCCUCGGAUGGUAAAUGGGACAGCUUGGAGGGACUGCUCACUUGCGAACCUGGGCUAUUGGCCAAGCGUGAUUUCAUCACCGGCUUCACCUGCCUUCACUGGGCCGCCAAACACGGAAAGCAGGAACUCCUGGCCAUGCUGGUCAACUUUGCCAACAAGCACCAGUUACCGGUAAACAUCAACGCCAGGACCAGCGCAGGCUAUACAGCUCUGCACCUAGCAGCAAUGCACGGACAUGUGGAGGUGGUGAAGUUGCUGGUGGGGGCCUACGAUGCAGACGUGGACAUUAGAGAUUACAGCGGGAAAAAGGCCUCUCAGUACCUGAGCCAGAGCAUAGCAGAAGAGAUCAAGAACUUGGUGGGCGCCCUGGAAGAUGAUGAUGGAGAGAGCACUUCGGAUAGUGGAGGUGGUCGCUGGAAGCUCUCUAAAGUGCUCCCUUCCCAUCUUAUCACAUAUAAACUCUCUCACGUGCUGGAGGAUGGGGGAGAUCACCACCACCAUCACCACCACCACUCCUUGACUGAUGGGUCAGCGAGCGGCAAGUCAAUGAGUCGCAAAGCAUCAGGUGGCAGCAGCAACAGCAGUAGGAUGAGACCCAGACUCAACAAAAUCCGGUUCCGAACACAGAUCAUUCACAGCACUCCCUCUCUCAGGGACCCAGAACAACCACUAUCAGAGGAAGAAAGGCCCCUUAAAAGCAGCUCCUCCACAUCCUCCUUCAAACUGAGACCGAAGUCCAAUGUAUUCGGGUAAAAAUUAAUCUUUUGGGCACAAUUUCUAGUAUGUGCCCUCUGGUAUGGGAAUUUUGGAUGUCAAACAGAAUUAGGAAUAAGUAUAGCAAGGGGGAGGGGGAAGAUUAAGGAAAAUAAACUGUGUUCUGUACUUGGGGGGAGGGGAAGGAGCGGGAAAGAGGUCAUGCAUUCCCUUUGGUAAACCCAUGUAUAAACAAACUACAGAGUUAGGUUUUUAAACCUCUGCGUAAAUGGCCGAUUCUCUACAAACACUGGCUUAUUUUGGGCGAGGUGUAUCAGUGCCAACAGAUUCCUUCCCCUUAGAAUUUUUUCUUCUUCUAGAUCUCGGGUUUUUAGGGUCUAGACAGGAACUUAAAGUGGGAAGAACUUUUUAGUGUUACUUUUUACUGUUACUGAGUUUUAUGCAUAAAUACAUCAUUUUUGAUGCAUCCGUUUAAAUAGCACUACUCCCACAGGAACAUGAUAACGCAGUUUGUAUUGAAAUUUGUAUGUGCUGCCAUGCAUUUUCUAUAAAUGUAUUUGCUGUUGGAGGUACUAUUACUACUGAAUGUAUAGUCAGAAGAAUGCAAAAGCACUGAUAAAGAAUAAUUGAGAGUGAAAAUGGGAGUCUUCAGUAGCAGUUAAACUGUUUAAAAAAACCAAUUUCAGUUUAUAGUCACUGUGAACUCAAAUGUUAAGUACAUUUAUUUUUGAGUUGUUACAGUCCAUCCUGUGGUACAUUCCAUCUAACUGUAUACAACAGCCCCGCAUUCAGGUGCAUCAUUAGUAACUUUACCCAGCAGACCUAGAACACUCGGGACCCAAUCAUGCAGUAAAUUAAUAGUUCUUUAGGCAGACCUAAGUCAAUUUAAGUAUUAAAUAUUCCUAGUCGUUACUUUUUAAGUUGGUUAAUAACCUAAGGGUCAUUUAACCAAUGGCCUUGCUUUUUUUGACCCAUGGCCUUUGGAGCGGAAAUGCUUAAAGAAACAAUGUCUGAUUUUAGAUGCUUAGCUAGCAUUGACACUAUACUAGCAUGAGCCUGUGAAGUAACUAUUAAGUUAGACUGUGAUAGACUAUUACUAUUAAAUCCCACUGAAGGUACAAUUCAUUUUUUAUUUUUACAAAUAGAACUUUCUUAUUACCUGUGCUCUGAAGUAAUGUUCUGCACAUUUUAAGAUCUUAGUCUAAACCCAUUAGCUAAUCUUACCAGCUUCCUUGAAGUUUAAUAGAUACAUAUGCUAAAGAAAGAUGUCAAUUAAAAGCCAGGUGGUGAAUCUUCCAAGUUUAAAAAUGGCACUUUCCCUUCAAGAAGUAAGAUUCAGGGCUGGUCCUACAUUUUGAAUGCUGCUGGUUGUCCAAUCCCUUUGUACAUAAACGAAAUUAAAAUAAUGCCAAUUAAAAUCCAAGACUUUAAAGUGUGGUUCCCAAUUACAUUUCCUUUAUAUGUAUAUUUUGAAUGAAUGGCUUUAUAUUUCAUUUUAAAAUCUAGCUCAAAAGCAUAUCAAGGCCUCUAUCACUAAAUUAGAAAAAAUGAUAGCUAACCCAAGCAGAUCUGCUCUUAUCAAUUCUCACAUAUAUAGCAUUUCUGGUACUCUGUUGCAAACUUCCAAGCACCUACCUACUGGAGUAGAGAUAUUGAGGGUAAGGGAACUUCCCCUAAAUUACCAGUUUAACCACUGCAUAGUAUGCACAGAGUUACUGCAUUUAGAGUUCUAUAUCUCAGCAUACAGAAAUUAGCAACAAUUUGAUGUAAUAUCUUUCAUUAGAUGAGGAAUGUUACUUGCAUAAAGACACAUAAAAAUUAUCCUUUAAAAAUGUAAGCUAUAUUCCUUGGUGCCUUUAAUUUCUUUUCGUUUGCUGUUAUAAAAACGGGGCAUAUCAAUGCUUAAAAAGCACUUUUUACUCACAGAUGGGUCAAGAGACACUCUGUAAUCUUCUGCAAGGAAAAAAUGGAUUUCUUAUGCGAAGAAAACUCACUUGCUCUUUAUCAUCUGUAUAGCUUAUAAGGAAAACAGUUAAAUGAAACUCAAAAUAUCUAAUAAUGCAGAAUAAAGUAUGGCUUCCCUGCUCCUAAUUUGCAUUAAAACUAUAGGCUAAGGGACAAGAUUUAUCUUGACUGAAAAUUUUAACCCUCUAAUUACUAAUGUAAAUGUUGGCAUAGUUUAAGCAUUCCUAUUUUGAAAUAUAAUUCAAUAACAUUUUGAUUAGAAUACAAAUAUAUCUGAAUGUACUGUUGAACAAUCAAAACACUAAACUAUUACAUAGGAGUGGUACCUAGUAGAACAGGAUAUUUUGAAGAAUUUUAUGGGUUUAACAUUCCAACACUUUGUAGAUCUAGCAAUUUGUAUAUAUUUUGCUUUUACCUUCCCCUCCCACCAAAGUAUUUGUUUUGGCUUACACAUAAAAGUAUAUUAGUAUCAUUUUCAAAAAUCAUUCCAUUUAGGAGCUACUUUAAAUCUGCCUAAUCAUAAUGUGCUUGUGUGCUAUGAAAUUUGUAGCAUAUAUUUCACUUUUUGACACUUUACAUUUCCUCUUUGUUGUUUUUUAAAAUUCCAAAUCAAAGGAAUAUGAGAUCAAAUUAUUUGUAUUCACCUGAAAUUCAUAAAGUUGUGCCUAUUCAUGGAUAUAUGUGUAUUGGACACUCUAAAAGAUGCUUAUUCAAAAACUGUGAUACAAAAAAUGAACGUGUGUGUGUCAUAGGUACACUUGAAACUAUUGAAUGUGUAUUAAUUCUGUUAACUUUUUAUGGUAUGUGUACUGCAGCUAGCCUGUAUAACUUGAAAAUUUGAUACCACUUUAUUGUGUCUUAUGCCUAAAAACUUGGGGGCCAGGAUGCCUUGUCUUUUUAUAUAUAUAUAUGUAUAGUAAAAGUUUGGGAGUCUGAGAGUUUGGUUUGUGUGUAAGGAGUUGAACUUUCGUUUUGCCAAAAUAAAAGUUACCCACUAGAAUUUUGC